AUGACAGCAAGAGAACACAGCCCCCGCCAUGGUGCAAAAUCCCGCACUGUGCAACGGGCCUCCACUAUUGACAUUGCCUCUGACAUGCUAGGUCUGUCUCUGGCAGGAAACAUCCAGGAUCCAGAUGAGCCAAUUUUAGAGUUCAGCUUAGUUUGCAGUGAGUUGCUCACACCAUCGCUAGAUCGAAAACCAAAUACUUUUGUCGCAGUAAGUGUCACUACACCUCCUCAGGCAUUCUGGACAAAGCAUGCACAGACAGAGAUUAUUGAGGGAACAAAUAAUCCUAUCUUUCUAAGCAGUAUUGCCUUUUUUCAAGAUUCUCUUAUCAAUCAAAUGACGCAAAUCAAACUUUCUGUGUACGACGUCAAAGAUAGAUCUCAGGGAACAAUGUAUUUAUUGGGUUCUGGAAUGUUCACUGUAAAGGAAUUACUUCAGGAGAAGAACCAUAGAUUGCAUUUAACACUAAGGUCUGCUGAAAGUGAUCGUGUAGGUAACAUCACAGUUAUAGGAUGGCAAAUGGAAGAAAAAACGGACCAAAAGCCUCCUGUAACAAGGUCUCCUGACACCAUUAAUGGGAGGACUGUACUGCCAGUUGAUGAAAGUUUAACAGAAUCUUUAGGGAUCAGAUCCAAAUAUGCUUCGUUACGGAAAGAUGUGUUACUAAAAUCCGUGUUUGGUGGUGCCAUUUGUCGGAUGUAUCGUUUCCCCACAACUGAUGGGAACCACCUGAGAAUCUUGGAGCAGAUGGCUGAGAGUGUACUGUCACUGCACAUCCCCAGACAGUUUGUGAAGCUUCUUCUUGAAGAAGAUGCAGCCAGGGUUUGUGAACUAGAAGAGCUGGGAGAGCUGUCUCCCUGUUGGGAGAGCCUUCGUCGACAAAUAGUUACUCAGUACCAAACAAUUAUACUGACUUAUCAGGAAAACCUAACUGACUUGCAUCAAUACAAAGGCCCUUCGUUUAAAGCAAGUAGCUUGAAAGCUGAUAAAAAAUUGGAAUUCGUGCCCACAAAUUUACACAUACAAAGAAUGAGAGUCCAGGAUGAUGCAGGAUCAGAUCAGAAUUAUGACAUAGUAACCAUAGGAGCACCAGCAGCUCACUGUCAAGGCUUUAAAUCGGGGGGUCUACGGAAAAAGCUGCAUAAAUUUGAAGAGGCAAAGAAACAUUAUGAGGAAUGUUGCACUUCAACAAGCUCUCAGUCUAUAAUAUACAUACCACAGGACAUUAUUAGAGCAAAGGAGAUUAUUGCACAAAUCAACACCCUGAAAACUCAAGUCAGUUACUAUGCUGAAAGGCUCUCAAGAGCUGCCAAGGAUAGAUCAGCUAAUGGCCUUGAAAGAUCACUUGCCAUUUUGGCAGAUAAGACGCGGCAGCUUGUCACUGUCUGUGAUUGCAAGUUAUUGGCAAAUUCAAUACAUGGAUUAAAUGCUGCAAGGCCAGAUUAUAUAGCCUCAAAGGCAUCUCCAACCGCUGGAGAGGGGGAACAAGUGAUGCUAAGGAAUGAUCAAGACACUCUUGUGGCAAGAUGGACAGGAAGAAAUAGCCGAUCUUCUCUGCAGGUGGAUUGGCAUGAAGAGGAAUGGGAAAAAGUUUGGUUGAAUGUUGACAAAAGUCUGGAGUGCAUUAUUCAGAGAGUGGACAAACUUCUCCAGAAAGAGCGUUUGCACAGUGAUAGCUGUGAAGAUGUUUUCCAGUGUGACAUCAGCUGUACUAGUAAGAAAGGUAAUCGGGAUACUCGUGCCUACUGGAUAAAUCCAAAAGGCUUAGAUGAGACCUCAUCCUCACCACCAUCAUCCUCACCACCAUCUUCAACCAUAUCAUCCUCUGCAUGCCAUUCUUACAGAAACACAAAUUGCAGCCCCCCUCCUGAAGAGUCCAGCCCAGGUGAAUGGAGUGAGGCUCUUUACCCCUUACUGACAACGCUCACGGACUGUGUAGCCAUGAUGAGUGACAAGGCAAAGAAAGCUAUGGUCUUUUUGUUAAUGCAAGAUAGCGCUCCUACAAUAGCUCUGUGCCUGAGCCUUCAAUAUCGCAGGGAUGUUGUCUUCUGCCAAACUCUGACAGCUCUUAUUUGUGGUUUCAUUAUCAAGCUGAGGAACUGCCUGCAUGAUGAUGGAUUCCUAAGGCAGCUCUACACCAUUGGUCUGCUGGCGCAGUUUGAAAGCCUUUUGAGCACAUAUGGUGAAGAGCUGGCAAUGCUGGAGGACAUGAAUUUGGGAAUAAUGGAUUUGAGAAAUGUAACCUUUAAAGUAACUCAGGCCACAUCAAAUGCAUCUGCUGACAUGCUGCCAGUCAUUACAGGAAAUCGUGAUGGAUUUAAUGUGAGGAUUCCUUUGCCAAGCGCCUUGUUUGAUUCGUUGCCCCGGGAGAUUCAGAGCGGCAUGCUACUGAGAGUUCAGCCUGUUCUUUUCAACGUGGGAAUCAAUGAGCAGCAAACCCUAGCAGAGAGGUUUGGAGACACCUCGUUACAAGAAAUAAUUAAUAUGGAGAGUUUAGUUCGGUUGAAUUCCUAUUUUGAGCAGUUCAAGGAAGUUUUGCCUGAUGAUUGCCUACCUCGAUCUCGUAGUCAGACGUGCCUGCCUGAACUGUUAAGGUUUCUGGGACAGAACGUACAUGCAAGAAAAAAUAAGAAUGUUGAUAUUCUUUGGCAAGCUGCUGAGAUAUGCCGGAGACUAAACGGUGUUCGAUUUACAAGUUGUAAAAGUGCCAAGGACAGGACAGCCAUGUCUGUGACCCUAGAGCAGUGUUUGAUCCUGCAGCAUGAACAUGGAAUGGCUCCUCAGGUCUUCACCCAGGCACUGGAGUGCAUGAGGAGUGAGGGUUGUCGAAGAGAAAAUACAAUGAAGAAUGUUGGAUGUCGCAAGUAUGCAUUUAAUUCCCUGCAACUGAAGGCUUUCCCAAAGCAUUACAGGCCUCCAGAAGGAACUUAUGGAAAAGUUGAAACAUAA